UCUGAAAUUUCAUUGAGCCAAGUGAGACCAUUCCAUCUUGCUAUUCACCAUGAAAAGAUUCUCAUAUUCUCUUCUCCAGCACCUUAACCGACACAGAACGGAUUGCAGAGUUCUCUCCAGAGAAUUUGUAUCAGACAUCAUUCCGUCAAGGAUCAAUGGAGCACAGCUCUCACCCCUCUCACGUACCCUUCUCAAAUCCUGCAAGACAGCCCAUGGAUUACUGCUCCUUAAGAACAAAACCCACGAAUUUAGGUACAACCCAUCUCCAAAUCCUGAUACCAUGGUGGACAUAUCGCGUCAUUUGUCAACCAGCCACAGAAAAAUCAACCAGAAAUCCGAAAUCAAAGAAGCUUUCCAGUCUGCAAAGACAAUCGAAGAGAUCUUGAAAGCUUUUGACGACAUGGCAUCUGCUAUUGAUGAGAACUUUGGUACGGCUUUCCUGAAAGAAGAUGAGGACCAUGAGAAACUUUUGGAUUUUGGAAAUAGAGCUUUGAAAAUCUUGGAAAGUGGCAAUAAAGCUCCUCUACCAGUUGUCAUCAUAUUACAUGUGAUUAUGGGUAAUGCUAGCUACUUACUGAGUAGGAUUAAUGACAGCUUAGGAUAUCUAAAUAGAGCUAGUAGGAUACUGACAAAGUCGGAAGAAGAUGGCGUCAAUGUUGAUAAUGUCAGGUAUGUUCUUUAUGUGCUUCUGCGUGAUUUGGCUAAAACGAACAAUGCAAUGGGGAGAAGCGAGGAAGCUAUUGUCAAUCUUCGGAAGGCUUUGGAAGUGCAAGAGAAAGUUCUUGGCCCAGAAAGAAGGGAGGUUGGCACGUCGAAUCGGGAUAUAGCACAAGAAUAUCUGGGAGUUUUGAAUUUUAAAGAUGCUCUGCCUUUUUGUUUGAAGGCAAUAGAGAUACAUAAGGCUCAACUAGGCAACAAUUCAGUGGAGGUUGCAUAUGAUAGGCAUUUCCUUGGGCUUAUCUACAGUGGGUUGGAAGAACAUGAGAAGGCAACAGAGCAAAAGGAACUCUCAAAGAAGGUUCUAAAGAGUCGAGGUCUUCAUUCUGAUAUACUGAGCAUAGAUUUUGAUGCUGCCGGUUUGCAGAUUGCCUUGGGGAGGUAUGAUGAGGCACUUAAUACUCUAAAAGAUAUUGUUCAACAGACAGACAAAGAAAAUGAAACUCCAGCUACUGUGUUCAUUUUAAUGGCACAAGUCUUGUGUAAUCAGGAGAAGUUUGCUGAUUCAAAGAGGUACCUUGAAAUAGCAUGUGGAAUUCUUGACAAGAAAGAUAUUGUUCCCUCUAAAUUAGUUGAAGAUAUUGUUUUCAAUAAACAAAUUGUUCAAGAUUACAUGGAGAUUUCAAUGCUUUAUGAGAUAAUGAAUGAGUUUGAAACUGCAAUGUCACCAUUAAAAAGAUGCCUGGCCAUAAAUGAGAAGCUUCCACAAGAACACUCAAUAUGGAGUGUUUUUGCAAGAAUAGGUCGGUUACUUCUGUUGACAGGGAAGGUGCCGCAGGCGAUACCAUACUUGGAAAUUGCAUCAGAAAUUUUGCAGGGGAGCUAUGGGCCAGAGUUCAUUGAAGUGGGGUACAACUACAACAAUUUGGGUGUCGCAUAUUUGGAGUUGGACAGGCCUCAGUCUGCUGCACAGAUGUUUUCUCUUGCCAAGGACAUCAUGGAUGUGUCACUUGGCCCUCAUGCUGAUUCGAUUGAAGCAUGUCAGAACCUUUCAAAAGCUUAUGGUGCCAUGGGGAACUAUAAACUUGCAAUGGAGUUCCAGCAGCGAGUGAUUGAUGCAUGGGAGGGUCAUGGCCCAAGUGCAAGAGAUAAAUUCAGAGAAGCACACCGACUUCUUGAACAGCUUAAGAAGAAGACUCGUGGUUCAUCAUUGAACGAGUUUCCUACGAAGGCUUUGCUUCUGCCUCGAAUUAGUGAACUUCCCAGUUUCAGGAGCUCUAGACCUAAUGUUAAGGUUAGUGAGAAGUGA